AUAAAUUGUAUGAACGUAGGAAUGUAAAUAUGGAAGACAUGGAGUUCCAAAACACUCCAUGUUACCCUCAACCGCAAGACUUCUAUGACUUUUAUCAAAUUUGUAUGUGAGAUUGGACAGAGAAAUUUAUAUGCGGUUAUUUUAAAUAAGUUUUAUAAUUUCGUUGUUAAAAUUAUCGUUAGUUUUGUGCAAAAUAAUUAAAGAAAGCAGACUUUUAUCCACAUGCUCGUUAAUAUUUAUCAUUUGGAAUAAAGAAAAUGUUGAUACUUCGAGAGGUACAAUUAAGAAAUAAUGAAAAUAUUUGAGCAUUUAAUCUUUUGAUAUACAAAUACAACUAUGCACCACAACAGAAGGAAAAAGAAGAGAGUAAAUUAUGGUGUUAGAGCUGUGGAAGUGGUUCGUGGCACUAAAGGAUAUGGUUUUACUAUUUCUGGACAACAACCGUGUAUAUUAAGUUGCAUUGUACAAGGAAGUCCUGCUGAACAUGCUGGACUACGAGCAGGAGAUUAUUUGGUCGCUGUUAAUGGUCACAAUGUUAGUAAAGUACCUCAUGAUGAUGUAGUACAGCUGAUAGGACAGUCCCAAGGUGUCCUUAGAUUACAAAUAGCUGAAAAUUAUUAUUCUGAUUCAUCGGAUGAGGAAGGUUUUGCUACUGUUAGAUCCAAACCUAAAUAUGCACAUAAACCACGCGCUAAUAAUACAAAUGCAAUACAGUUACAAUGUAGAGUCGCUAAAGUUGUUAGAGAUUUACAAAGUGGUGCCAUGUUCGAUACAGCUGGAAGAGCAAUACAACAAAGUAAAAUACAUUGCAAUCAUCUUCAUCAUCGUUGGAACAUGAGUAAUCCUCUUCCUCCACCACCUCCACCUACAUCGCAUAAACGAGAUUCGGAAAAAAUUGUACAUAGAACUGUAGUCGGUUAUUUGGGUACUAUAGAUAUUCCUAAUCAGUUGCAUCCAUCUUCUAUGAUGCAGGUUUUACGGAAAUGCAUAAAAAGAUUAAAAGCAGAAAAAAGAAAUCCAACAACUGUACUUUUAACGAUACAUGUGGCAAAUAUCAAACUUACCAAUUCAGAAAAUCUUGUUAUCGCUGAAUAUCCAUCAUAUAGGAUAAUAUUCUGUAAUUCAUUUUCUGAAGAAGAUAAACAGUACUUUGGAAUAUUAACAAAAUCUGUCAAAGACAAGGAUGAUAUAGUAUCCAAUUCCUGUCAUGUGUUCACUAUAUAUUAUAAGUUAAUAGAUCAUGCAAUACACUCAAGUACUUGUAAUGUAUUUGGAUUUACAUGUACGAAAACUUCAGAACUAAACAUGUGCCAAGAAUUUCCUGAUAGUUGCAAUAGUUUAAUCGGAGCCAUACAAACCUUGUAUAUAUCUGAUUCUACAAACGGUGAUGCCAAUCCGUAUAACGAAGCACGAAGACGUCAAGAUGCUGCUUCACCUCAACCUAGCAAUGUUAGCACAUCGACUGCCCAUUCGAGUAAUAGUGAUUCUGGUAUAGGUUUCAAAGAUGAUUAUCGUUCUCGUUCAGAGAGAAAUGCUGAAUUUUCUCAUUCCAGACAGCGCUCCAUAUUGCAGAGAGGUCUUAUAAUGCCUUCAAACAGAGGAGGAAUAUUUAAUGAGACUGCAGGUUCCAGACUCACAGUUCGUGCAAUAUCUGAUUCAAGAUGGGAAAAUAUAAUAAGAUCAGGUACUUCCAAGGAAAAUUCAGUAUCAUCGUCGUAUGAAACAGCGACAGGGGUUAGCAACAAUAAAGUAUCCAUGAACUUUGGCAAUUCACAUGAUGGAAUUCCGUGUAGUGCGCCAACAGGAGUGGCGGGAAAUCGUACGAUCGUUUCAGAAGGGAAAAAUUCAUGGAGGAGUGGGGAUGCCACCACCUGUCCGGAACCAUCUGCUCCUGUGGUCAUGCAGGGGUUCGGUAGUUCAUCCGUUGGUUCUCUUUCAUCUGCCUGUACUACUGCAAUGCUCCACGGUACGGACGAAGUUAUCGAAACGGUGGAAAAUUUGUCGAGUCAAUCGCAAAUAUUAACGCGAAUAUCGAACACCGGUUGUGAUAAAUUGAGUCCUAAAGUGUAUUGCGGUAUGUCGAAAUCGUUGGUGCACAGCUUGGAAGAUUUGAAUCCUAGCUCGGAACAUUCAGCCUCGUUUUUACAUACUUAUGGUAAUAAAAACGAUAAACCACGUCCAUGGGGAAGUUUACAAGAAAUAAGAACAACUCGUAUCUGCAACUCGGAUAAUUGUUUGCACGGAAGUACAGAAUCAUGUGACAAAGUUAACGAUUGUAAGAGUGUACAUACUUGGGCUAAUGGAUUUGAAAAAUUGUUGGGAGAUCCGAAGGGUUUGCAGACGUUUGCAGAAUUUUUGAAAAAGGAAUUUAGUCAUGAGAAUAUUUAUUUUUGGGCUGCUUGUGAAAGAUAUAAGGAUACGGAAGACUCAAUUAGUCGUUGUAGAUUAGCUUGGCAGAUUUACCAACGUCAUUUGUCAAAUACUGCUGCAGAACCAGUUAAUGUUGACAGCCAUGCUUCUGGACAAAUUACGCAAGAACUUCUUAAUGAGGCCCCUGCGGAUCUUUUUUUACAAGCACAAAAGCAGGUGUUUAAUUUAAUGAAGUUCGAUAGUUACCCUAGAUUUCUAAGGUCUGAACUUUAUCGUCAUUGUUUAGAAACAGGAAAUAGUGCUAUCAAUAUAGAAGAUUAUGAUUUAAAUCUUAUUAGUUCACCUAGCGUGAAACUUAAGAAGAGCCAUUCGGAUGCGGAAGACCGUUGCCGGAAAUCUAUUCUUCCUUGGCAUAGAAAAAAUAGAUCAAAAUCGAAAGAUCGCGGUGAAACAGAGUAUAAUAAAGCCCCCAACCGAAGUGAAACUAUAUACAAGAGUUUUACUACCAUCAAGAGAGAAGCAGAAGGUAAUAACAAUGAGGAUAGCGUAUCUAUAUCUAGUAGCAGGUCCUCUUUAGCGUCAUGGGAUUUGGCAUUGAGGCAAUCAUUUAACAAACAUUCAGUAUCGUCCUGCGAAGGACAGUUGAAUGAAAAGAAAGAAGCUCGCAGCAAAUGUACCGGGUUGUGUCGAGUAAUAUUGUCUGACGGGUCAACUACAGUAGUGCAGACUAGCCAAACUGAGAGCAUUAAAGAUGUGGUUACUCGCCUCCUUGAUAAAAGAGCUCUUCGAUAUACUAACUAUGAUGUUGUUAUGAUAGCUUCACAAGAGCCAAUGGAUAUAAAAUAUCCUUCUUCAGUAUUAGCAGGACAAGAGGUAGAAGUUGUACCAACAAAAGUUUUAAAAGUUGAUUUACCUUCGCGUAGAGUAAUCACUGUGAUUGCACAUAAGGGAAGAACCCUUAAAGAAGUACUAAGGCCUCUUUUGAAUAAAUAUGGUUUCAAUUUGGAUUUAAUUAAUAUUUGGAGUGAAGGUCAUCGUGUUUGUAUGGACAUAUCAGCUAUUAAUGCACCCACAAGACUUACGCUGACUAUAAAUAGUGAAGAUGCCCAAAGAGAUCCAGCUUUGGUCAAAUAUUCCGAUGAAAUAUCACGCGGACAACCAACCUUAGAUGAAAUAACAAAUAAAGUAUUCGAAGAAUUGUUAGUAGGAAAAAGUGCAAGCAAAUAUCAAUACAACGAAGGCUCGUGUAAAUCCGACGAUCAACGUUCCGAAGGUUCUUCUAUACUACCAAGUAAAUUUUUUGUUCGUGAUUCUACUAUGCAUGGAAAAAAGAAGAUGAAAUCGAAGUAUACCACAGGAAGUGAAAAAAAUGGUACUACAGAGUCAGUUAGUGAAGAAACUUCUAGACCUCAUCCUCCUCUUAUCGCAAAAUGGCGUAAUGGUGUUAAAUUGCAACUUCCUGGAAGGUUUGACGGUGAUGAUUUAUAUGAAGGAUUAAAAAGGGCACAACGAUCUAGGUUGGAAGAUCAAAGAGGGACAGAAAUUAAUUUUGAACUGCCGGAUUUCUUAAAGAACAAGGAAAAUGGGAAACCUUCGGAUCGCAACAAGGUUCGAAGAGCACGAGUAACACCUACCAAUUGCGAGGGAACCACAAAAUUCUAUGAUACUGGAGAAGAAAACGAAGUAUCCACAGGGCAAGAACGUUCUACUUAUUUAACAAAUGGUAGAAUCGUUGAACGAUUAACAACAGUGCCUGAUACAAUAGAAUCUGUGAGUAAAGGUCUUGAUUCGUCAUUUACUUUGGAUGGAACUAUAGUUGACGGGGAUCAGACUAUUGUUGAAAAUGGAUUCCGUACGGAUUCAAAAUAUCAAGAGUCAUCAGUCUCUAUGGAUAGUCAGGUAUCACCUACUAAAUUAUCAAAACCACCACCUCUACCACCAAAACCUAAAAAUCUUGUUAUGAAUGUAGUAAAGACUAGUUAUAUUAUGACUUCAAAGACAAUACAAAAAUCUCCAAAGGAGAGUUCUAUUAAUAAUCAAUCGGAAUCCUGUCAAAAUAAAAAUGUUAUUCUUUAACUAACAUUUUAUUCAUUAUAAUGACAAUAUCUCGAUAUUUAAUAUUUUAACAACAUUCAAUUCUCCUUUGAAAUAAUAUAUAUAUAUAAACUUUCUUACAUUUUAUAUCUAUAUAUGUUUAUAUAGAUAAAAACAGUCGACAGAUACUAGAUUAUUUUCAUAUAUAUAUAUAUAUAUCUAUGAAAAAUUGUGUUCGUCUAAUUUCUAUAUUUAUAUAGAAAUUCUAAUGAAAUUAACAUAAAGAGGCCUUAUAAAUAUUAAUAAGUUAAUGUGUCCGUGGAUGAAAUCGUUUUUUAUUUCUAUGAUAAGAAAUCGGUGAAAGUGUAUGGAGAAAAAAUGAAAAGAAAAAAUAAAACUCAGGAAUAAUUGGACGGUGCUAGACGCGCAAGUAUGACCAUUAAAAGAUUUUUUUUUUUAAUGACAACUCAUAGUUCUAACUUUUCUUGACAGACAAUAAUAAUAAUUAAAAUCAUCUUUACUAAUAAAUCUUUAUUUAUUUUUUUCCUAAAUACAAAUUGUAAAUGCUCCAAAAAUUAUUAUUGUCGCCUUUGAAAAUACUCCUUUUGUAAUUUAGGCAAAAUUUACAAACAAACAAAAUUUCUAUAUGUAUAUUAUGAUCAUAUUUAGAAUUAUGUAACUACAUGCAGCUGUGUUAGCAUUAGCUUCGUACGUGCCUUUUAAAAUUAACGAUACUUUUCAUGUUAAGAUCGAGAAAAUAUCACGACAAUGUCGUAAUCGUUAUAUUUAUAAAUUUAUGAUAUAUUGUUACAUUCCUGGUUGUACAGGACACGUUAGGAAUAUUUUAUUAUAUUUAUAAUCGACGCAUGUGUUGUUACAUCAACGAUUUUUAAAAAGAAAUUUGUGAAAAGUGAAAGCGCACAAAUUUUUUACACGAAUAAAUAAAUUAUCGAAAUUUCGUUUGGA